UUGUCGCAUAAAUAACAUCGUAGUGGCGCAUUUUUCCGCUAAAAAAACCGUUUUGUGGCUUAAAUCGGCCCCCACAUUUGGAAAAAAUUAAGUUGGCGGCCCCUCAUGUCAGUCGGUUGUCACCCAACUGUCAGAAACACGUGUUUGAAAAAUGGUAAAUUUCUCCGAAAAUCAGAUCCGCAGCAUCGGCAAGGUGCUGGGGGACGGGUCCAGGCCGCUAAAAGAGCGCUUUCGCGCCCUUUUCACAUUACGUAACAUCGGGGGGCCCGUGUCAAUAGCCUGCAUUAAAGACAGUUUUCGGGACGGUUCCGUGUUGUUAAAACACGAACUGGCGUAUUGUUUGGGGCAAAUGCAGGACCCCCGAGCUGUGGCAAUCCUGGUUCAAGUGUUGGAAGACACGAGUCAGGAGCCAAUGGUGCGGCACGAAGCGGCCGAGGCUUUGGGGGCCAUUGCCUCGCCUGAGAGUGUAGCAGUUUUGGAAAAGUUUAAAUCGGAUCCUGUGGUUGAAGUCGCGGAGACGUGCGAGUUGGCGCUUGAACGCAUCAAGUGGCUGCGGAGCCCCGAAAGUGGGGAAGUUAGUCUCAAAAGUGCGUAUAAUUCGGUCGAUCCGGCGCCCCCGGCAAGUACCACUAAUGUGGCGGAGUUGAAGGGUGUACUUCUGGAUGAGGGGGCGCCGCUUUUUGAGCGGUAUCGCGCCAUGUUUUCGCUGCGUAAUGUUGGGGGCAAGCGGGCGAUUGAGGCAUUGGGGGCUGGGUUAAAGUGCGGGAGUGCGUUGUUUAGACAUGAAGUGGCGUUCGUUUUGGGGCAACUGCAGGAUAAGGAGGGGGUCCCCUUUUUGAGAGACAGUCUGGAGGAUUGUGGGGAGAAUGAAAUGGUUAGGCAUGAGUGUGCGGAGGCUCUGGGGGCUAUAGCCACAGACGACUGUAUCAGUAUUUUAAAUAAGUUUUUAGAAGAUGAAAAAAGGGUGGUUAAGGAAAGUUGUGAGAUAGCGCUCGAUAUGUGCGAGUAUGAGAACAGCCCAGAGUUUCAAUACGCAAAUACUUUACAAGUUGCUUAAAAUUAUUAUUAUUAUUAUACAAAUUGUAAGAUAUUUAUCUUGUCAAUAAAAUUAUACACAAGU